AUGGCCAGUCCGCCCCUGCUUAAAGCACACAUGAGGAUUCACACUGGAGAUAAACCACACGCAUGCCAUCACUGUGAAAAGAGUUGUACAACUGCAAGUGUUCUUAAGAGACAUUUGAGAAUUCACACCAGAAAGAAACCUUACACUUGUCAACAAUGUGGAAAGAGUUUCAAAGUUGAAUCUAGCCUUAAGAUACACACAAGAAUUCACACUGGAGAGAAACCUUACACGUGUCAACUAUGCAGAAAGAGUUUCACCUUUCAAUCAGGCCUUAUAUUGCACAUGAAAACUCACAGUGGGGAAAAGCCACACGCAUGCCAGCAUUGUGACAAGAGUUUCACAACUGCAAGUACACUUAAGAUACAUUUGAGAAUUCACACUGGAGAGAAACCUUACACGUGUCAACAGUGUGGAAAGCGUUUCUCAUUUAUAUCCAGCCUUAAGAUACAUGCAAGAAUUCACACUGGAGAGAAACCGUUCACAUGCCAUGAGUGUAAAAAUUUUUUCAGAAAUAAAAGUAACCUUGCAACACACAUGAAAAUUCACAAUGGAGAGAAACCUCACGUGUGUCUUCAGUGUGGAAAGAGUUUCAGUAUGGAGCAUCACCUUAAGAGACACAUGAUGAUUCACAGUGAAAAGAAACCUCACGCAUGUCUUCAGUGUGAAAAGACUUUCAGAGAUAAAACGAGACUUGAGAUUCACAUGAGAAAUCACACUGGAGAGAAACCUUACAUAUGCUCUCAGUGUGAAAAGGGUUUUACAAGUGAAGUCGGCUUUAAGAGACACAUGACAGUUCACACUGGAGAAAAGCCGUUUGCAUGUCAACAGUGUGGAAAGAGUUUUAGAAUGAAAUUUGACCUGAAUGCACACUUGAGAAUUCACACUGGAGAGAAACCAUACGUGUGUCAACAGUGUGGAAAAGGUUUCAAGACAAAAACAAACCUUAAUGCACAUUUGAGCACUCACACUAAAGCGAAACCGUUCACAUGCCAUGAGUGUGAAAAGAGUUUCAAAACAAAAGCUACCCUUAAAAAACAUGCAAAAUUUCACACUCAAUAGAAAUCAUUCAUGUGCAGGGCCGGAGUGCGACUCAUUUUCAGCCCUGGAGUUUUAUGCCUUAGACCGGCCCAAUUUAGUUCACGACUGACUAUAAUAUCAGUGACUAUAUAGCUGUAAUAUCUAUAAUAUCAGUGAUUAACAUAACUGACUGAUAUAGUAUCAUUACAUGCUCAGUAGUAUACAGUAUAAGUCUGCAAUGGUGCACCGUUCUCUGCAGCCUUGCAAUUCAUUGUAUUUUUCAAAUAUAUCAUUUCCAGUUCAAUGCAAAUACGAUUUUUGCCAUAAUCGUGUGGCCCCAUAGUUUAAGAGUAUUUAAGUAAACUUAUUCAAAAACUAGAAAUUUAGAAAUGAAUACAUAACUAAAUACAUAGAAAAAAAGAGAGAAAAAGGAAAAAGUAGAGAACAACACAUGAGGGAUGUAAUACAUUUUAGUGCCACAGCAAAAAGAAUUUGUAAUAAAUAUAUUUUAGCUCUACCCUCAAAGCCCUCUGGGCGCACACUCAGAUGGGCAAUUCUAGGGUCUUCUGGGAUUUCAAAAUGGAAGAUUUCUUUAAGGGCAGCGAAUAUAUCUUUCCAGUAAUUUCUUAAUUUUGGACAUGACCAUAAAAUAUGGGUGUGGUUGCCAAUAUGCUGGCCACAGUUUUUCCAGCACUUGUCUGAGCACGAAGGAUUCCAUUUUGAAAUUGUCUGUGGAGUUUGGAAAAAUCUGGUUAUUAUCUUCCAUUUGAAUUCCCUCCAAUUAUUAGAGUUGGUCACAAGGUGUACCUCACUGCAAACUUCCUCCCAAGUUUCCAGAGGAACUGUUUAUAUGUAUAUUCUCCUUUAUAUGUAAUGUAUUAUUUGGGUUCUUCAAUAGAAAUAAUAGAUAUACUCUAGAAAUUAUUUUUUUUGAUUGCAUGUCCAUUAUGUAUUUCUUUGAAAAGCAAUUCUACUGGAGAGGGUUUUUUCACGGUUUUGUUGUAAGGAAAUGUCUCAAUUGUAAGUAUCUAAAAAAUUCAGACCUUGGGAGUGUAAAUUCUUUUCUAAUCUGGUCAAAUGAUUUAAGUGUCAUUGUGAAAUAAUUGGUGAAGAUAAUUAAGUCCAUAUUGAGACCACUUUUUGAAACCCACAUCUGUCGAGAUGGUGGGAAGUUAUUGAGAUAUCCAAUACUUGCUGCUGAUGAAAUUUUAUUGGACAGACUACAUGAGGUUUGACCAAAUUAUGUUGAUUUUUAAAAGUCAUAUAAGCAUCCCGCAAUCAAAUGUGCUGCUACAUCAUGCAAAUUUUUGCAAACCUCCAUUUACCUGAAUAAAAACAAUUUUUACUUUGAAAUUGAUGCGCUGUCUU